AUGGUCGAACGAAUACGCUGUGCAUCGCUGGUACUAUCCGUAUUGAGCGUUGGUUUUCUUGUUAGCGGCAUUCUUCUACUCACGUUUUCGGAUGUCAUCAUUAAGAAGGCGGUGAAGAAGGAAUCUCAAUUGAAACAAGGUACAGUCGUGUACAAGUUAUGGCGCGAUUCGCCUGUGCCUUAUUAUAUCUCAAUUUAUAUCUUUGAUCUGAUAAAUGAAGUUGACUUUCUCAACGGAGCGAAACCACAGUUGAUCGAACGUGGUCCAUUCGUUUACAAAGAACAACGAACAAAGACUGAUAUCAAAUUCUAUCCAAAUGGAACUAUUUCCUAUCGUGAAUUACGUAAUUACACAUUUGACCGAUCGAAAUCAAGUGAUGACGAAACAUACAAUAUUACCACAGUGAAUGUGGUUUAUAUGACAUUGGUGAAUUAUCUUCUAACACAGAAUGUUCUCAGUCCUGUGCGCAGUUUAAUUGGUUUACUCUUAUCAACUGUAGAAAAGCCUAUCAUGAAGCGAACGGUCAAAGAAUAUCUUUGGGGUUAUCGCGAUCCAAUAUUAGGCAUGUUGAAAGAUAAAUUUCCAUCGUUGGUCACCAAUGAUCAAGUAUCCGUAUUUGCUUCAGCGGUCGAUGAAGCUCAAUAUGAAACAUAUCUCAUCAAUAGUGGUGUUGGUUUCGAUGCGAAUCAUACUGAACGUAUCCGUGAUCUUGGUAGAAUCGAACGAUUCAACUUCUCGACUAGUUUAUCCAUAUGGUCGAAUCAAUAUGCUAAUAUGAUCAAUGGUACUGAUAGUACUAUUUGGCAUCCCGACGUUUCGAAAGAUGAAUUGAUUUACUCAUUUAUGAACGAUAUCUGCCGGUCAGUUCAUCUCAGAUUUAAUCAGACGCGUCAAAAUAUAUUUAAUAUCGAUAUUUAUCGAUUUGCCUUACCCGAUGAUAUUUUUGCUAAUUCAAGUGAUAACGAAGGAUUCUGUACGAAUAUUUCGACCAGUGAUAAAAUAAAACCAUUAAAAUGUUUACCCAGUGGACUAUUUUCGCUUACUCCAUGUCUUCAUUUGAGUGGUAGCGCUGUGUCAAUUCCAUUGCCAAUCAUCGGAUCGAAUCCACAUUUUCUCGCAACGGAUCAAACAGUUCAAGAUGCGAUUAUUGGUUUAAAACCAGAUGACACGCGACAUCGAAGUUACAUGGAGAUCGAACCCAUAACUGGCAUUGUAAUGAAUGGUUCGCGUCGAAUGCAGUUCAAUAUCAAUGUUGUCAAUGAUUCAAAGAUAGGAGCAAUUGCUCGUAUUCAACCAGUAGUCUAUCCAAUGAUUUGGGUCAACGAACAUGCAGAAAUUGAUCAACCCAAUGCAAAUAUGUUUCAUAAGAAAGUAGCUGUCCCAUUAGCAGUACUUGCUGUUCUUAAAUACAGCUUUUUCACUAUGGGCGUGACUCUUCUCUUGACAGUAAUCGGCUUGGUUAUCUACAGUCAAUAUAAAAAAAAUCGUGCACUUGUACUUGUUGUCGAUGAACCAGCAACCGCUGCUGUUGUUGAUGAUGAGCGCACACCAUUACUCCAGUAA